CUGGGGGUGGGGGGCCAGUUUUUGCAACGGCUAAGGGCCUGUGGGUUUAUUAUAAGGCGGAGCUCCGCCGGAGAGGUGCGGGUGGGAGCCGAGCCGAGCGGAGAGGAAUCUAGCAGUAGAGAGCGGACUGCAGCCGGCGGACCCUGCCGCCCUCGCCUAGGACAGCCGCGCGCUGGGCAUCGCCGGAAGGGUCCGCGCGCAGCGCAACCGGCUGAGCCGGCCCGGAGCCCCGCGUAGUCCGCGCAGCCCCGACCCGCGCAGCCCGCCGCCUGUCCGGGCAGCAUGAGGCGCGCGGCGCUCUGGCUCUGGCUCUGCGCACUGGCGCUGCGCCUGCAGCCGGCCCUCCCGCAAAUUGUGGCCACAAAUGUGCCCCCUGAAGAUCAAGAUGGCUCUGGGGAUGACUCUGACAACUUCUCUGGCUCUGGCGCAGGUGCUCUGCAAGAUAUCGCCUUGUCAAAGCAGACCCACUCCACCCGGAAGGAUGUGGGGCUCCUGACAGCCAUGCCCACGGCUCCAGAGCCCGCCAGCACGGAUACCACUGCCGCCUCCACCUCCAUUAUGCCGCCCGCAGAGGGGCCCGAGGAGGGAGAGGCAGUGCUCCUGGCAAAGGUGGAGCCUGGCUUUACUGCCCAGGAGGAGACCACCCAUCCACCCAGUGAGACCACCCUGCACCCAACCAGCCACCGGGCAUCAAGAGCAACAGCAAGAACUGCCACGGCCCAGGGACCUGCCACCUCCCGUCCCCACAGGGCCACGCAGCCUGACCACCAUGGGACCUCAGCUCCUGCAGGACCCGACCAGCUCGACCCUCACAGCCCCAUACUGGAGGACGGAGGUCCUUCUGCCACUGAAAGGGCUGCUAAGGAUGGAGCCUCCACGCAGCUCCCAGCAGGAGAGGGCUCUGGGGAGCAGGACUUCACCUUUGAUGUGUCUGAGGAGAGCACGGCCCGGGAUGCUGACCAGCGGAAUCAGCCCCCAGUGGAUCACAAGGCCACUGGGACCUCGCAGGGCCUCCUGGACAGGAAGGAAGUGCUGGGAGGGGUCAUUGCCGGAGGCCUCGUGGGGCUCAUCUUCGCCGUGUGCCUGGUGGGUUUCAUGCUGUACCGGAUGAAGAAGAAGGACGAGGGCAGCUACUCCUUGGAGGAGCCGAAACAAGCCAACGGCGGGGCCUACCAGAAGCCCACCAAGCAAGAGGAGUUCUAUGCCUGAUAGGGGAGCAGUUCUCCCCUCCCCCUGCCACUCAGCUAGGCCCCCACUUGCCUCUUCGUUGAAGAACUGCAGGCCCUGCCUCCCCUGCCACCAUGCAACAUCCCCAGCACUCCCUGCGCCCCUGGCCGGCUCCCUGCCCGUGGAGUUCUGGGGCACGCUGGGGCUCUCCUCUGCUUCUCUGACUUCUGCCUGGAGACUUGGGCGCAAGGGCUUUCUCGCGUAUGAGCUUUCCACCACAGCCAGCACCUCGCAUCUCACCAUUCUGACUCAGUUUCUCCAAACUGGAGCAGCCCCUCCCCAGGCCCAGCUCUGGAGAGAAAGGGGACCCCGCUGCUUUGGACCUGGAUGGCCCACUGGGGCUGGGAGAUGCUGGGACUGAGGGCUGAGGGCUGACACCUCUGUAGCACUUACUGGGAGAAACCAGCAGUCUUGGGGGCGUCCACCGCUGAGUGGCAGGGAGAGGAGUUCAGGGCUCCAUCGGAAUUCACUUUGUUUUGUGGGGAGGUCUAGUUUAGAUAUCAACUUGUUUUUGCACAUGUUUCCUCUAUAGUUUCUUUGUUCAUAGCCCAGUAGACUUUGUUACUUCUGAGGUAAGUUAAGGAGGUUGGUUUGGUUAUCCCCAAUCCUGCUUCCCUCAUCUCUAGUCAGGAGACAGCAUCAGGGUUAAGAAGACUUUCUUUUUUUUUUUUUUCUUAACUUGGAGAACCAAAUCCGGAAGCCAACAUAGAGGCUUAGUUUGUGUGUUGUCUCUGAGUUUGACGCUCACGUGUGCAACAGGGUAUGGGAUGUCUGUGGGGUGGCCCCGUUGGUGGGCUGGCCAAUCCCGGCUGCCACGGGCAGUCACCUCUUGGAGCGGUCAUUCCCGUGUCCAUGAACUCGGGGCCCCGGCCAUGGCCCGGGCUGCUGCAAUGUUGAGGAGCCCAUGUGAGAACUGAGUCCUGGCGCCUCAGGCUGGGGGUCGAGGGGAGGGGACUCUGGGGUAGGAGAGGUGGCAGGGCCCAGAGAAUCUCCUGCAGAUCGAGCCCUGCCUUUGGGCUCGCGCCGUCUCUGGGCUGGUGGACUCUUUCUCCUGGAAGGUGACGAGAGGGGUUUUGGGCACACCUGGCACUGAGCUGCUCCACGAAGGACCAGGUUCACCUGUGAUUAGCUCCUGUGGCCCUGCCCUGGGCCCGAAUCAGGAAUGUUCCAAAGAGUGAUAGUCUUUUGCUUUUGGCAAAACUCUACUUAAUCCAAUGGGUUUUUCCCUGUACAGUAGAUUUUCCAAAUGUAAUAAACUUUAAUAUAAAGUA